UAAAAGGUUAUGAAAACUCUGACAAUAAACUGCACAGUAAACUACUGUGAAGAAGAACCUGAAGUAACGUGGUGUAAAAUACUUGGGACUGACUGCAAACCACUGAAUGCAGCAGUUAAAACUUCUUGGAAUCAAUCAAGCAACCAUUCAGCUGUCUCGUUCCUCACUUUCUUCAAUAUCACCUUGAAUGAUAGCGGCCAGUAUCGAUGUAAAGCUGUGGAUGUCAGGGGAAUUAGCAGUGUGGGGCAUUCUAUUACUGUUAAUGUCUCAGGACAAGACUCUAGAUGUUCCCUUGAAGUUCGUGUGCCCCGAAAUAUUGCACAGAAUGUUUCUCUUAUGAAAACUCUGACAAUAAACUGCACAGUAAACUACUGUGAAGAAGAACCUGAAGUAACGUGGUGUAAAGUACUUGGGACUGACUGCAAACCACUGAAUGCAGCAGUUAAAACUUCUUGGAAUCAAUCAAGCAACCAUUCAGCUGUCUCGUCCCUCACUUUCUUCAAUAUCUCCUUGCAUGAUAGCGGCCAGUAUCGAUGUAAAGCUGUGGAUGUCAGGGGAAUUAGCAGUGUGGGGCAUUCUAUUACUGUUAAUGUCUCAGGACCAUAUCCAUGUGAUACCGAAAUUGUGCACUGUCAUUUUUUUAGAACCACUUCUGCUUUGCCAUUGCUGACAGUAUAUUGCACAGUAAAAUACAGUGAACAACCACCCAGUUUUACAUGGUGUAAGCAAGAAAGGGAUACCUGCACUUCAAUGGAUGACACAAGAAGAAUUGAAAUAGGCUGGCAUCAAUUGAACAAACAUGCAGGAAUAUCUUCUUACACGUUAUACAAUAUCACUUCAAAUGAUGCUGGGUAUUAUCGGUGUAAAGCAUCGGUACAUCACCCUUGUGUAGCACAAAGCAGGUGGAGUCAUUCUAUUGCAGUAUCUGUUUCAGAAAUAAGUCCAACUGCAACUGAAGAUUGUAUACUGGGGUCUCAUAAUGAAGUGCUUACCAUCUUGUUGACCGUUGGCCGCUUUCUCCUGAUGAUUGUUGUUGCUGCAGCCUUUGUCAUGCUUUUAGUUUUCGGGUUUCAGAAGUUGAAAGGGAAACAAAAUGAGCAGAAACAAGAUCAGGAAAUGAUUGGGAUCCCUAUAGAUCAUGCUGGUGGCCAGGAACAGGUCACUGGACGUCCACAGGAUACAACUGAAGUAGUUUCUGACUCUGAUGAAUAUGAAAAUGUGCCUGUUUAACUACAGGGUUUCUUCCUAAGAAAUAAAUCAUUCAUAUUUAGUUCAUAUUUAUUAAUAAGUAAUUAAUAAGUAAUAUCAUUGUCAUUAAUGGAACAUAAAAUAAAAUUGCUUACAAUGCUACAUUUAAAUUCAU